AUGGCGAGAUCGACUAUGCCAGGCAUCAUUGCCCGACAGCCGUCAUUUCUACUGCUGUUGACUCUUAUAAUCACAGCAAUUAAACCCAGCUAUGCCUUGGAUCUUUCCCCCCGAAGCUCAGAUUCCUGCCCAAUCUCAUACAAGCGGUGCGGCAGCACGAAACUCCCGGCCGAUUUCUGCUGCCCAUCAAAAUCCACCUGCAUCAGUCUGAAUGAUGCAAGCUCAGCCAUCUGCUGCCCUACUGGCUCGGACUGCGAAUUUAUCUCGCCGGUUACUUGCGAUGUCUCCCAGCAGGAUGCAGCGCUGCAUCCCCGAGAGCGCCGUCAAGACCACCCGGUUGAACGGUACACUUCCCACAUGCGGCGGCGACUGCUGUCCCUUUGGUUACACCUGUCAAGACGGAAACACCUGCAAAAUGGACAAGAGUGCGGCAUCAACGGCGACUGCUGUCUUGCCGGAUACAACGACCACCACCUCAACGACGACCACAACGACUACCACCUCAACGACUACCAGUCAUACAACAACCGAGUCAGACUCAUCAUCAACGACCACUUCCACGCAAGCAACUUCGACAACCCCAGCACUGACAUUUACCCCCGUCCAAUCCCCCUCAACAACCACAACCAUGACCUCCUCCAAAGCAGCUUCAGCUGCAGACAGCCAGCAAACCUGCUCCCUCACCAGAUCCUGCCCUUCCUUCCCCAGCAAAGCAGUGCCUGUGUCCGCCAUCGCGCACGCCGCAACGAACCGCUCAUCCAAGAAUCCAAACACACAGGACCCCAGUGGUCCCAGCGUUCUUCGAAGGGAGCCCUAAUUGGAAUAUCCCGUCCUAUCGCCUCAGAGGAUGGGUCCUACCGCACAGACUUCCUCUUGCGUCCCGCAGAAGCAAAAAGAGCCUCGACGGGCGCCAGAUCUAUGCUUUCCAGAACGGGGACUCGCGUCCGCAGUCUUUUCUCUGGCAAUCCCACCUAUGAGAAAGACGUUCCUCCCCUGCCGGUGCCGUAUCCCACUACUCCGCCGAGACAGCGUGCGUCUAGUACAGAGAGUAUACGGGUAUUUUCGCCGCCGGGGGCGUUUGCACAGUCUUCGAAGUUCUUGGGUCCGGAGCCAUAUCCGGGGGCUAUUGCUCGGCCAGAUACUACAUUCACGGACUUGAUGCAGGUUGUUGGGUUUGGGGGGAAGAAUGGAGGUGGAGGGAAUAUCUCGGAGAAAGGUUGA